GACACACGCUUCUCAUCGUCUGGCGUUGGCCAGUCAAGACCGGCGUCUCCCGCUUCAAACCCAAUCUGCAGCUGGCGAACGCCGAAGGGGCAUCCGGCCAUUGACCUCGACUCGCCCCACGCUUCUGUCCACCCGAAUGUGACUUUGUUAUAACGAGGUUUGAGUGUAAUAAGCCUGCUUCCCAAUGAACGAGUGAGAAAGAUUCUGCAACAAAUGCAAGAGAUGUCUGCCAAGCAGUACGACUACUACGGAACAGGACAUGCUUCACGAAAAUUCGGCGUCCUGCCAUCUCGCACUACUCACGCUGCUGGUAUGCGGCGUCGUCGUCCUGAGAUGCCUCUCGACCGAGCCGGAGGACGACGCGUCGAAUCGUGUCGAAGAUCAAGAUGUCGAAGAACAGGGGGAAACCCUGGUUAUAGACACCGCUAACGGUCGGGUCAGAGGAUUCAUCGCGCAGUCGCCCCUGGGAAAAACAGUUCGCGUAUUUUACGGAAUACCGUACGCCAAGCCUCCCACUGGUGAACGCAGGUUCGACCGCACAGAGAGUGUCGAACCGUGGACGGACGUCUUCGACGCCACGGUGAAGCCCAACUCUUGUUUCCAAGUGUUGGACACGCAGUACGGGAACUUCAGCGGGAGCGUCAUGUGGAACGCCAACACUGAAAUGAGCGAGGACUGCCUCAAGCUCAACGUUUGGACGCCCGGUACGUCUUCGUCGUCCGGGGGACGUCCGCUAGCUGUUCUUGUCUGGCUCUAUGGCGGCGGCUUCUACAGUGGCACUUCCACGCUCGACGUGUACGACGCCCGGACGCUGGUCUCCGAGGAAAACGUCGUCGUGGUUUCGAUGAACUACCGCAUCACGUCUCUCGGGUUCCUCUCCUUCGGCAACGAGACGCUUCCCGGAAACGCCGGACUCUACGACCAGUACCUGGCCCUCAAGUGGGUCCGGGACAACGUCGCGGCCUUCGGAGGCGACCCGAAUAGGGUGACCCUGUUCGGCGAAAGCGCCGGCGCCGUCAGCGUGGGCCUGCACAUCUUGUCGCCACUCUCAGAAUCCCUCUUUCACAGGGUCAUACUUCAAAGCGGGUCUCCCACGGCGCCCUGGGGCUUCCAGGACAGGGACAGGGCUCGGAAAUCGGCUAGGAGACUGGCUACGGCGUUGCGAGCCCCGGACGGCUUGGAUCAAGAGACACUGGACAGCCUCCGUUGUGAGAGGCCCGAAGACAUCGUGAACAAUGAAACGAACAGUGGAGGUGUGGUCGACUUUCCGUUCGUACCCGUUGUGGACGGCGUCUUCUUGCGAGACACACCUCAGGCGUUGAUGGACAAGAGUUCAUUCGCGAGGAACAUUAGCGUGAUGCUGGGUUCCAACCUAAACGAAGGUUCCUGGUUCUUGCAGUACUUCUUCGGUCUUCCGGUGACAGAGGAGACGCCGGAAGUCACGAAAGAAAACUUCACGGCCGCUUUGGAGGCGUUGGAUCCGUCUCUGGAACACGUGCCCAUCGCCGAGAUCCUGAAGAUGUACACGGAAGGUACGAUUCCGUCGACGGCAACGGAGAUAUUGAAGGCCCUGGACUUGAUCGUAGGUGACUAUCACUUCACGUGUCCCGCAGUGCGGUGGGCGGGCGCCUUCGCGCGUGCCAGGAUACCGGUGUACCAGUACGUGUUCGCGCGCAGGUCUUCGCGUAACCCGUGGCCCCAGUGGACGGGCGUGAUGCACGGUGAGGAGGUGCCGUUCGUGUUCGGCGAGCCACUCAACGACACGCACUGUUACAGCGAAGAAGACAAGGUCUUGAGCCGUCGAAUCAUGCGGUACUGGGCCAACUUCGCUAAGACCGGGAACCCCAACCUGUCAGAAGACGGAUCAUCGGAAUCAAUUACCAAUUGGCCCGAGCGCACGGACUCAAAGCGACAUCUGGUGCUGGAUGUGAACGAAAGCGUCGGGUGGGCGCAUCGUCAGGCCUACUGCGACUUCUGGGAGAAUGUACGACGCAACAGAACCCCUCCGGUGCCGUCGUGUUGAGAA